AUGUGGAACGAUCAUGCAGAUGUUUUACUGCUAUUUUUGAUUGUGAUUAUUCAUUGUAUAUCAAUUAUAACGAAUGUCAUAAUGAUAAUUCUUCUGUGGAAGAAACAAGGUUGGACUAUUUUUUCAUAUUUUGUGAUUUUUAAAAUAUUCUUUUCAGUUUCUGGAUUACGAGUUUUCAUUAUCUAUUCCAUUGUCUGUGAACUGAUAUUGUCAAUAUCGCAAAUAUUUGUUAUUGAUGUACCUGGAAUGGUAAUCACAUUCUACACUGAAUACCAUAGCUUCUUAGAAGGUAUUCAGGCAUCUAUCAAUUUACGGUUGAGACUCCUUGAAAAUAGUGAAAAUUACAAUUUAAUCUUGAAACUUCACUGUGCAAUUUCAAAAAAAAAAUUGAAUAAAAUAAAUGUAGUACACAUGUUGAGGAAAAUUUUGAAGUAUUUUUUUCAAUAGAAUAUUUUCUAAGCUUUUCAGAAAAAAAAACCUCGAAUCUUCAAUUUUUCCAUGUAGUGCCUUUUUCGAGAAAAAAAAUUUUUAAGGUUAUCCUCGUAUUAUGGUAAAAGAUUUGAUAUUAUUAUCUAACAUGAUGUUUGGCGUUCGACUCAUCAUUCUUCAUACGAUGGCGGUAUUCAGAUUUUUCUUUAUAUUCAGACACACUUUCUAUUCAUACGAAAAUCACAUUCAUGUGCUAUUGCUCUUUCUAUCAGUAAGUUUGUUAUUUAUAACAAAAACUGGUUGA